UACAAGUGUGACUGCACCUGGCCCCUAUUUUGACAUUUUUAAAGAGCUAUGGGAAAAGAUUCUUCUUGUCAUUCUUCUCACAGGAAGCCUGGUGUAAAGAGCACACAGGCUUUACAGUUAGGAGUCCUAUGUUUCUUGAAUUCCAGCUCUGUUGUUUGUUAGUUGUACUACCCUAGGACCCUAGUCGAGUUACUUAAUCUCCUUGCCUUCAAUUAUCUUGUAUACUUGAGAUAAUUCCCACCUCAGAGGAUUGUUGUAAGGAUGAAAUGAGGUAAUUAUUAAUAAAUAAACAUUUAUCUAACACAUACUUAUCUGGCAACCAUUCUGCUUAGUGUAAAAAGUUAAAAGUUCCUCUGCCCACUACAUAAGCACCAUACACUUAGCCUCCAAAGACUGCGAUACAUUAUGUAGAGAAAAUACUAAAGUUUAUACCUAUAUAUUUUCUUGGAACUAAUUAUAGGAAUCUGACAUGUUUUUGUGAGCUUACAGAUGAAUUUGCAAGACUGAAUCCAAGUAUUAAAAAUAUCAGGUCUGUAUUCAGAAGAUAAUUCUUAACUAAUAGAAAACACAUUUCAAGUCUGCCUGUUUACCAGUGAUUGGCUACACACAAGAAAGUCACAAAUGAGACAAAGAUCCGAUGUGACGGCAUACACCACACACAACAUGUAACUAGUGUAAGACCUAGCAUAAGGUAAGUGCUCAUAAAUAUUAGUUGAAAAGAAUUGAGUUUGGGUCCCAACGGCGCCAUUUCCACAACAAGUGACUCUUAGAUUAACUUCUCUGGACCUUACUUUUUGGUGAAAUAGAAAUGUGUCUGCUCUACCUAUCUCGUGAUCAAAUGAAAUCACAGGAGAUGUAUUUAACGCUAGUAAAACGGUAAUUUAUGAAACACAUAAUGCCUACCGCCACCAAAUAGCCCGCAAGCUUAAUUGUAGGGAUAAGAUGUUAAUAUGUAACCACCAAGAAAGAAACAGCAUCAGAAUCUAGUGAAAAAAACCGAACAUAUUUCCAAAAAUGUCAUCUUCCUUGUGAUGACAGGAGCUGGUCAUUCCUAAUCAGGUGCUGUGCCUUUUCUAACUUCCAGGUGACAAUAGCAGGCUCCGCUGAGUGGCAUUUUUGCAAGACUCAGACCCCCAGUAGAGGUUGGCGGCGGUGAGGAUCGGCUCCAGGGCCCAGUAGGUUAGAAGCAGCGGACCCUUCGGGCCCGGCCCUGACAAGCACUACAGAAUGGGACAUUGUAGAAACUGAAGAGCAUUAUAAGAGCCGAUGGAGAUCUAUCAGGAUUCUGUAUCUUACUAUGUUUCUCAGCAGUGUGGGGUUUUCUAUUGUGAUAAUGUCAAUAUGGCCAUAUCUCCAAAAGAUUGAUCAGACUGCCGAUGCAAGUUUUUUGGGCUGGGUUAUUGCUUCAUUUAGUCUUGGCCAAAUGGUGGCUUCACCUAUGUUUGGUUUAUGGUCUAAUUAUAGACCAAGAAAAGAACCUCUUACUGUCUCCAUCCUCAUUUCGGUGGCAGCCAACUGCCUAUAUGCAUAUGUCCACCUCCCAGCUUCUCAUAAUAAAUACUACAUGUUGUUUGCUCGUGGAUUGGUGGGAUUUGGAGCAGGAAAUGUAGCAGUUGUUAGGUCAUAUAUUGCUGGUGCUACUUCCCUUCAGGAAAGAACAAGUUCCAUGGCAAAUACAAGUGCCUGUCAAGCAUUAGGUUUUAUUCUUGGCCCAGUUUUUCAGACUUGUUUUGCACUCAUUGGAGAAAAGGGUGUGACAUGGGAUGUGAUUAAGCUGCAGAUAAACAUGUACACAGCACCAGUUUUACUUGGCGCCUUCCUGGGAGUUUUCAAUAUUAUUCUGAUCCUUGCUAUAUUAAGAGAACAUCGAGUGGAUGACUCAGGACGACAGUGUAAAAAUAUUAAUUUUGAAGAAGCAAGCACAGAUGAAGUUCAGGUUCCCCAAGGAAAUAUUGAUCAAGUUGCUGUUGUGGCCACCAAUAUUCUGUUUUUUGUGAUUCUAUUUAUCUUUGCUCUUUUUGAAACCAUCAUUACUCCAUUAACAAUGGAUAUGUAUGCCUGGACUCAAGAACAAGCUGUAUUAUACGAUGGAAUAAUACUUGCUGCUCUUGGAAUUGAGGCAGUUGUUAUUCUCUUGGGGGUUAAAUUACUUUCCAAAAAGAUUGGCGAGCGUGCCAUUCUACUGGGAGGACUCAUCGUUGUCUGGGUUGGCUUCUUUAUCUUGUUACCUUGGGGAAAUCAAUUUCCCAAAAUACAGUGGGAAGAUUUACAUAAUAAUUCAAUCCCUAAUACUACAUUUGGGGAAAUUAUUAUUGAUAUUUGGAAUUCUCCAAGAGAAGAUCACAAUGAAAGACCAACUGGUUGCCCAAUUGAACAAGCGUGGUGCCUCUAUACCCCAGUGAUUCAUCUGGCCCAGUUCCUCACAUCAGCUGUGCUAAUUGGAAUAGGCUAUCCAGUUUGCAACCUUAUGUCCUAUACAUUAUAUUCAAAAAUUCUAGGACCAAAACCUCAGGGUGUGUACAUGGGCUGGUUAACAGCUUCUGGAAGUGGAGCACGGAUUCUCGGGCCCGUGUUCAUCAGCCAAGUGUAUGCUCACUGGGGACCACGGUGGGCAUUCGGCCUUGUGUGUGGAAUGGUGGUGUUCACCAUCACACUCCUGGGAGUGGUUUACAAAAGACUUAUUGCUUUUUCCAUAAGGUAUGGGAGGAUUCAAGAGUAAACUAGCUAAGACUGUGAUGGAAAGUAUUAAUAUUUGCUGUGUGGCACUUUCAAGUCUAAGAUUCUAUUAGACAAUUGUCAUGAGCCAGCGAGUCUCCACAAGUCAGGCUGUGAAUAUUGCGUAUAUUGAAUAACAAGAACAUAUAUUGCAUAAUAGAGGGAAUUCCACAUGUUAUUGUGAAUAGUAGGUUAUAUAAAAAAUUCUAUAUUGUAAUUUCUUUAUCUCAAAAAUGAAAUAUUCUUAUAAUACCUUUUUGGGGUUGCAUGAACUAGUGAGUGAAUGGAUAAUGGUCUAUAAAUGUGAAGUUCUACUCCUAAUACAGAUGCAGAGGUGUCAUUAAAAUAAUGAGGGAAUAUCUAUGUAGUGGAACCAGAAGGAAAGUUCUGUAUGAAUUAGCUAUAACAGAAUAAAAUUAAAUAAUUUUUUUUACCUAAAUAGAGGUAUUUUUAUUCAAAGAUACUUUGAAUUU